UGAAGUAAUAACAAUAAGUAUAUAAAGUAAGCUUGAUGAUAAGAAAAUUUUGAGUAUAUAGUGACUAAUUUGAUUGACAACUUUUUAAUUAUGAAUGACUUAUUUUCAUUGAAGAAUUUGUCUUAAUUUAUGCAACGAAUGUAAAACCGAGCAUUAAUUCCACUACCACAACAAAGUCAAUUUCUUUGUGCUUUAUGCUUCUUCCUUCUGAAUACAUUGAACGCUGUUAAAUGUGUGUUAUUUCAUACUUUUUAUUCUCCUUCGUGAAAAAAAGCAAAAACUGCGAAUGCUUUAGUGUCAGAAGUAAGCCGUAAGAGACUGCACACUGAUACUAUUAAUUUUUUUAUCUAAACUCGAUAGUUUUUUUUUGUUGUUUUUCUUCGAUCUAUUGAUGCGGUUUCGAGAGCUUUUUUUUUGUGUUUGUAGACACGGCACAGAAUCAAAAUAUUUUUACUCUUUCGAGAGUUUAUUUUAGUUUAUCAACAACUGUGGACCUCAAACGUAGUAAAAGUUAUUUUAAAGAUAAUAAGAUUUUCAUGAGGAUAGUCACGCGUCUCGCGAAUAUAGUUAAUAUUAAGCAAUAGCUAGUGAUUAGUGAAAUUAAAAGUGAAUAAAAAUAAAUCUUAAGACUAAAAAAAAAAGAUAAAAUAAUUUGCCAACUCAGUCAAAAAUAUAUAUAAAUAAAGAAAACGCUAUAUACAUUUACACAAGUCUUAGUUCUUAAAAAGAAAAUGUUAUGACAUCAAUAAAGAGAAUCAGAUUAUCGCAGUAUUCAGCGGACGUAAUGGAUACAACAGAUGAUGACAUAUUAAUGAGUCCAUCAUCGCCGCAUAAUGGUUUAACGAAAUCAGAUGAUCUCGGUGAUAUGACAUUUUGUAUGUCUAAUUACGCUAAGGAAGCCCUCAAAAUGAUGUAUAUGAUGCGACAGCAUCACAUGCUCACCGACUGUGUUCUGGAAGUUGACAAUGAACUAUUUCAUGUUCACAAAGUGGUAUUAUCAUCAGCUAGUCCAUAUUUUAAGGCAAUGUUUACUGGUGGUUUAAAGGAGAGUGAAAUGUCACGUGUACGUCUUCAAGGUGUUUGUCCAAGUUCAAUGGCCAAAAUAAUUACAUUUAUGUAUACGGGAAGAAUUCAUAUAUCAGAAGUGACAGUUUGUCAAUUACUUCCCGCAGCAACAAUGUUUCAAGUACCAAACGUUAUUGAAGCAUGUUGUGCCUUUCUCGAGAGACAAUUAGAUCCAACAAAUGCAAUAGGAAUUGCUAACUUUGCCGAACAACAUGGUUGUACAAUAUUAAAACAAAAGGCAAAUCAAUUUAUUGAGAGGCACUUUACGCAAAUCUGUCAGGAAGAGGAAUUUCUUCAGCUGUCUGCAAUGCAACUUGUAAAUCUUAUAAGAAAGGAUGAGUUGAAUGUUCAAGAGGAGAGAGAAGUCUAUAAUGCUGUGCUUAAGUGGGUCAAAUAUGACGAAGAUAAUCGUUAUCCAAAGAUGGAACAUAUUUUGUAUGCUGUACGAUGCCAAUUCCUUACACCAAAAUUUCUUAAAGAGCAAAUGAAAAACUGUGAUGUAUUAAAACGAGUGCCGGCGUGCCGAGAGUAUUUAGCGAAAAUAUUUAAGGAUUUAACACUUCAUAAACGUCCGAUUGUAAAAGAGAGAAAACCAAAUACAACGCGUAUGAUUUUCGUUGCUGGUGGAUAUUUUCAACAUUCAUUAGAUAUCCUGGAAGGCUACAAUGUCGACGAUCGUACGUGGACAACACUUCCGAAAUUGACUGUGCCACGAUCAGGCCUUGGUGCUGCGUUCCUUAAAGGUACAUUUUAUGCUGUUGGUGGACGAAAUAAUGCACCUGGAGCUUCCUAUGAUUCAGACUGGGUUGAUCGCUAUGAUCCGUUAUCAGAACAAUGGCGACCGUGUGCUCCUAUGAGUGUACCAAGAAAUCGAGUGGGUGUAGCUACAAUGGACGAUCUUUUGUAUGCUGUUGGCGGAUCUUCUGGAAAUGAAUAUCACAAUUCAGUUGAAUACUAUGAUCCUGAGCAAGAUAGAUGGUUUGUAAUAGCACCAAUGCGUUCGAAGAGACUGGCAGUCGGAGUUGCAGUAGUGAAUCGAUUGCUUUACGCAAUUGGUGGAUUUGAUGGUGAAAAUAGACUGUCGUCGAUGGAAUGCUACCAUCCUGAGAAUAAUGAGUGGACUGAUAUGCCUGCAAUGAGAUAUCCAAGAUCAGGUGCUGGUGUUGCUGUUUUAAAUCAAUACAUCUAUGUAGUAGGAGGAUUUGAUGGAACGAGACAAUUAUCAUCAGUUGAACGAUUUGACACCGAUAAUAAAGUGUGGGAAACCGUAACGCCAAUGAAAACAUCACGAAGUGCCUUAUCGGUGAAUGUAAUUGACGGAAAAUUAUAUGCAAUGGGUGGCUACGACGGAACACAUUUUCUAUCAAAUGUAGAAGUUUACAAUCCAUCCGAUGAUGUGUGGGAAGAUGGCGUUCCAUUAACUUCUGGUCGCUCAGGUUUAGCAUCAGCUGUCAUCUAUCAACCAUCGUGUCCACAAAAUUACUCACAAGAGUGUACAGUAGCACAAAAUCCAACAAAACGUGAUUAUGAUGAUAAUCGUAGAUUACCGCCAAAUAAUGAUGGCAAUAAUUCAUCUAUGAACUGUAAUUACUCAUCAAAUGUAUAUCAAAAUUUAAGAGGCUCAGGUAGUGGUAGUGGUAAUCAUGAUUCAAAUGAAACUGAAGAAACAAACUGUGAUGAAAAUGAGGAAAGUCCUAAAAAAAAUAAAAGUACGUGUAUAUUUACUCAAAUGAGGGAGCGAUGUAGGACGCGAAGUCGUCAUUUACAUCCUCUACAACAACAGCAAAUGCAGCAACAGAAAUUAAACGACAUUAAUAGUAAUCUAGAGAAAGUAAUAAGGAAUCAUACAAAAUGUAAGAAUCCAAAUGCGUCAUGUUCAAUGCAGAGGUUGAGGCGAAGAUUUCAAUAUUUUCUGUAUAAUCACAUAAGGCACAGUGAUUGUCAGAAUAAAGGAAAUGAAAACAACAACACAUGAUAGUGGAUAAAAAAAAAUAAGAAUCAAUUAAAUUAUUUCACAUUCCAAAACAACAGUUCAUUCAAUUCAUUAUUUAAAAAGUAUGAGAAGAAGUCAUUGUGUGAUUAAAGUGCAUUUUAUAUUUAUCAAUCUGUUAAAGUGUUAAGUCAUGUCCAAGAGACUGUUUUUAUUAUUGUCAUAUUAGAUCAAAGAAGUCGCUGUUACAAAUAAAUUAAGUUGUUCAAAAAUUGAUCCUUAAUCAAAGUUUAAGUGACUCAAAAAGCAUGACUAAGUCGUGUAUAGUCAGACAAAAUAACAUUGCAGGUAACUUGAUAAAAAUGCGUAGCAAAAAUAACUAAGAGAACAUUACUCGUCAUAAAGGUGUUAAAAAUGCUGCUCUGAAUAUAAUAUGAGAAAAAUAAAAUAUGUGAUGAAUUAAGUUUCUAUAAGAAAGAGUAUAAUUAAGUGUAAAAAAGUAAAAGCAUUCGGCAGCAACAUUUCAGACACUCUUAAUCAACAAGUUAUGACCAAGAAACACUUUAAUUCGGGUAGAAAUAAGUGACAUUUAAUUACAAAAUGAUUGUGAGCAGGAUGAAGAAAAUUAUGUGUCUGUUUUUUAAGUUGCAAUAAAUAAAAUUCCAUUAAGUUAGUCCUACUGUGGUAGUGGACAUUAAAGAUAAUAAAAUGGACAGAUAAAUUUUUUCAUUCCUUAUUUUUAAAGAUGAUGGUUUAAAAAAUUAUUUUCAAUGAAAAUAAAAAUAAGAAGAAAAG